AUGGCUUCCACUGAUGCGACUCUUCGCGCCUUCUUCCAGGCACCCAAAUUUGCCGUUGUCGGCGCGAGCACAAACACCGAGAAGUUCGGCUACAAGGUGUUCAAGUGGUAUGUCACCCACAACUUGUCGGUGACCCCCAUCAACCCCGGGGCUUCGGCAAUCGGUGUGGAUGGCAAGGAGAUCCCAACCGUUGGGUCGCUCUCAGCCCUACAAGACGCCCAGGAGACAUCCGUGUCGAUCAUCACCCCUCCUCAUGUAACGCAGAAGGCGCUCGAGGAGGCCAAGGGGCUCGGAAUCCAGGCCGUGUUUUUGCAGCCCGGCACUUUCAACGACGACGUCCUGGCCUACGCUCGGGAGAACUUCACGACUGUCGUGGCAGGAGAGGGCGGUGCAGGAUCGCAGGGCUGGUGCGUACUGGCCGACGGCGAGAGGGGCCUCCAGGCCGCUGGGAAGCUGUGA